AUGAGUUUUCCAUUAAAUGAAUCAAACAUUAGUUUUAAUGAUAUUCAUUAUCUUAACUUAGAUACUAUUGUUGUUGGAAAAGGACAUGACCGUGUUAAAUAUUUAGAUCUUGAAGGAAGAUGGAGAAGAUCAGGUUCUAGUUGUUCAGCAAUUGCUAAUGCAUUUAAUCAUAUUGAAAAAUUGAAUUAUGCUGUUUCUCCUUUAUCUGAUCUUGGAGAAUGUUCACUUAAUGCAAUUCGUGGACCAACACCUUUUACUACCAAAACAACACUUCCACUUAAAAAGAUUCCACAAGCAAUUGUUUCUGAGCCAAUUACUGUUACAAUUGAAUCUGAUGUUCCUCAAAGUCCAAGAGAACUUUUACCAUAUCGUUCAGCUGGAUAUGGUGAUGCUCAUCAAAAAAGAAGACUUUCAAUUCCAACAGAACGUUCACGAUCACCUAGUUUAUCUAGUCGCAAUGCUAGUCCUGUACCACCUGUUCAUGAUAGUAAUAUAAUAAAAGGAAAAUGGUCACCAAAACCAGGUAACAAUGAUUUAGGAUAUUCAUCAGCUCCAUCAUCUGGAUAUCCAUCACCACGAAUUAAUGACGAUCAAGAUUUUUCUCGUCCACCACAUAGAACUCAACCAUUAACACCAUUACCUAGUCCUAGAAAUGCUUAUGAUAGUGAAUAUGAUGCCAGUUAUGUCUAUAAAGCUUCAAAAGAAUACAAUGAAUCUUUCCAAGAUGUUCGUAUGACUCUUAGAGAAUCUCGUAGAAGAUUGGUUUAUGGGAAAUAA